AUGAUCAUUUUCCUUUCACAAUUCUUUUCCAAUACACUCAAACCCUUUCUCAUUUAUUUCACAUUGGAAACAGUGAGCACGUGUCUCUUCUCACAAUUACAAUCUCUAUUCAUUUCAUCUUACAAGAGUAGCAGUAGUAAUACCAACAAAAGCACUACUAGUGCUACUCAUAGAAAUUUAAACAAUUUUAAAACAAUGACAACCGUUCGAAUUGUUUUUUCAAUUUUACUAUUGUUGUAUCAUGUCAUUGGAAAUGGAUUUUUAGUUUAUUAUUUAACAGAAAUGGUGAGACAUGUUCGAAAUUCAAAAAUUACCAAAGAAACCUUUGAAUAUGAUGCUGAUUAUGAAAUGUAUUCUCCAUUAUUUGUGGAUUUGAGAUUGACCUCUUUUUUUUGUUUAAUUCCAAUGAUUCAUGGAUUUGGAAGAGUGUUGCAACAAAGUGUCAUUUCUUUUUCAAUCAUGACCAUUUCUCAAAAAAAUCAUGAUUUGAAAGAGGAACAUUUCACCAAACAGGAAGGAGUGAAAUAUUAA